CUGCUCCGCAACAAGACCAAACUCGAGCUGAGUGUGCUGGGCGCCACAAGCGAGGUGCCCUGGGGCCCGACGGGCGCCGCGAUGGCAGGCAAGUUUUGCGGCAUUGCCGAGGCCAGCUACGACGCGGAGAAGUUCCGCCAGGCCUGGGGCGUCAUCCUGCAGCGCUUUGAGUGCGAGCCGCCGCAGUGGCGGCGCGUCUACAAGGCCCUUCUGUUGACCGAGCACCUGCUGAAGAACAGCGGCCAGCACGUGGUGCAGACCAUCCUGGAUGCGUCGGGGGUGAUAGAGGGCCUGAAGCAGUUCAAGUACUUGGACGAAAUGAACAAGGACCAUGGCAUCAACGUGUCCAACCGCGCCAAGGAGCUGAGCCUGCUGCUGGCAGACCCCGACCGCAUCAGG